AUGUCUACCUCCAUCAACGACCUUCCGAAUGAGAUCCUGGCCCAGAUCUUCUCCCACCUGGAUCGGCCCGCGCCAUCAGACUCGAAGCUGCAUGACCAGCCAUCAUCGUUCAUGCUACAAAAUCUCUUCUUCGAUCGAGACCUCAAAACAACUUCUCUCGUCUGCAGAAGAUGGAGGGGUUCUAUCCUGCCUGUCCUCUUCCGUCAUGUCGUGUGGACCUUCGACCGGUUCGAGUUGCCGCUGAUGGAGGAGACGGGAGACCCAGCAUCCGCGAUUGACUUUCUCGUUUUUGUCAGAGCCAACAACCUGACAAACUACGUCAAGACACUGACAAUGUGUGUUGAGGAUGCUAUGGGCGGUCUUUCCUCGGACAUAACCAGCAGUGCCACUCUCAUGGAAACCGGCUUCGCGAACAAAGCUUCCUACAGCGAGGACUACAACUGGGUUUGGAGGACCAUCUUCGAGCACAUCGAUCCUCUACGGCUGACAAUCAUCGCAUCGCCUCGGGUACUCGCACAGUUGUUAUCCUGCAUGCUAUUCCUCGGAGAUGCGUGGAACUUCUCCAUGCCCCAACAUGUCUUGUCUCUGUCACGCAAAGACAAGAAGACGGCCAUGAAAGAGUACAUAUCACCUGUCGCAGCCUCCUCAAAACAGGCACCUACGCCUGAAUCAUCGCAUCGAAAACGCGUCUCUUGUGAUCUUUUCACCAUCCGUCCGUGGCAGGCCCUCCUCCUCAACGAGGGCUCUUCGACCCGCGUCUACAAGACAUACGAGUUCUACCUCAAGCGUCCGCCCUCUAUACUUGGCGCUCUCCUCGGAGCAGAAGAGUUCCCCAACGACGAAUCGAAGAUCGGCCCAUCCAUUCGCGACCUAUCCUACGUCGGCAUCUUCCCCCUUUCGAGCCACUUCAGCACCCUCGUCCAGAACAUCCCUCGCCUCGAACGCCUCUUUGUGCAGCUUGUGCCUCGGAACGACAUUCUCCAGGACGUCGACGAGAUGCGCAACGUCGACCUCGCCGACCUUUGGAUGGAGCGCAACACGGCCUACUCGAUAUUGUUUCGCGAGCUCUUCGACCCGGACCCUGACAGCCACUGGCUCGACCUCCGGGUCUUCGAGAGCGGCGAUGCGGCUGACAAGGAGGCGUGGGAUAUGGCCGUGCAGUUUGUGCAGUUCAGCGGCGUCAAGGGAUGGAAGGUCGAGAGCGAAGGAGUCUUCGUGCGGGACGGCGAGGACGGCUCCGGCGCGCUGUUCGGCAUGUCUCAGUCAGUGGUACCGGAAUCGGCAUGA